GAAGAAGCUGAGAUCCCUAUUCCCUUUGGUAACGUACGAUAUGUUGGGGACGCACGAGACACAUUCCUGCCUUGGCCUAAAAAUUUAAUUGUGGCUUGUCAGGGUCCAUCUUCAUCUAAUCACAAAUCCCUAUCACGAAGCCCACAUUUAUCAUCAGUUGGAUCUCACGUAGUCAUCCCCGCUGAAAUAACUCAACCAGAACCUUCAAAUUGGUUAACAGAUAACCAAUGGGACAAAAUUGAUCUGAGUCUAAAAUUUAUAGUGAAGGAGUAUUAUUCCAAUAAAGGAAUAGAUGGGGUUGUACAAGUUCCCGUUGACCCGGAGUUUAUAGGAGAACGCGAGGCUAUCUUCAUCACUUCGGAAGACGUUUAUCAAGCAGCCUCCAUGGAUAAUAUUGGAUCCUCAGCUAUGCUGUUUGGUAUGAGAUGCAUUUGGGAAAGCAUGCACCCAAAUUCACGACAAUUAUAUAAAUUUUUUGACACCGAACAUCUUUCUAUUGGCAAUGAUGAAAGUAAAAACUAUACGGUGGAUCUUAUAGCCAAAUGGAUGAUGACUAUGGAUAGACGAGGCCAAGUAUAUUUCAUUCCUUGGAUUGUUGAUCGACAUUGGAUGUUGGUGCUCAUGAUGAUGCGGGGGAUGACCAUAAUUUUGGACCCUUUAAAAAAUCAUAAAUCUCCACCAAUAAUUACAGAGGUUAUGGAAAAAGCAUACGCACAAUGUUUGGAAAAUGAAUACAUCGGCACAUUUACAAAAUUGGUGAGAGGUUCUUGUCCAAAACAACCUGAAAGUCAUGAAUGUGGUUAUUAUGUACUAAGAUACAUUUAUGAUCUUGUAAAUGCAUCGAAUCCAGCAGAAGUUAUCAAGAAGAAAGCUUCCACUAGCCAGAGGGAAACAACAACACCACCUACUCAGGAUAAUAACUCCCAAGCAAGGGGGGAUGAACAACCCCGUUCGAUUGAUGGAGAAGAUGUCAUAACCAUUUCAGGGGGAUCACAUAUCGCAGGAUUGGGCAGGAACGCCUAG